AUGCACUCCCACAUCAUUACAGUCGUUUCAGCCCUUCUCCUCACCAUUGCAGUUGUUCAUGCCCACAUGGGAAUGCAUGGCGAGGGCUGCACUACUCCGCACUGUCAAAGGCACGCCUUCAUGAUGAAGGAGCGCGAGAAGCUGAAUGAGAUGCAACUCGACUUGAUGGAGAUGUUGAUGGAUAUUCAGACCAUGAACGAACAGGAGGCCUACUACGCCGGUCUCCAGAGUAUGGGUCUGCAACACCCAAUUCCAAUGCCCAUUCAGUAG